UGUGAAGGUUGUUUACCUUGUGGUAUUUGCAUGACUCCAACCCCUUGUUUGUGUAAUCCAUUUACCUAUACACCAUGGCUUAUGGGAUGCAUUACGUGGAAUUGAAAGAAGAAAUGAAAAAGGAAAAAGCAGAAACUGAAGCCUUUAUUUAUUCUUUACCUGUUCCUUGGAGGAAGUUUGCAUUUUGGAAAAAGCAUGAGAAGAAUCAGAGUGAAUUACAACUUAUUGUCCGAAAGUUUACGGCCAUACUUGAUGGUUAUAAGAAAGCAGGAAAAGAAUUUGACACAGCAAUAAGCGAGAGAACAACAAAAUGUCAAGUUCGAUACGUUGCCGAUGUCGAUGAUUUCGAUUUUGAUGAAUACAUGGAACAGUUGGGUAAACCAGACUGCCCUGGAUUGCCAUCAGAUAAUUUAUAUUGGCAUUUAUUAAAUCUUUUGGGGAAUUGUUUGAAAGAGAAGAAACUGCUGAUAGGAAAAAGUGAAGAACUUGCAUCAAUAAAUGGAAAACCACCAACACUGGCUCUAAAUUAUUGGCUGGCCUUGCCUCAGGAUGUUAGACACGUAAUGACCUGUGAACCGCCUUCGAAGAUCAUAGAAGUGUUGGUGGAAAAGUUUCAUCAUCUAAAAAUGGAGCAAAUGAGGAAUAAUAUGACCAUUUUAUUAUUAUGA